GUUGCCAUCCCACGGAAAGCCCGCGGGGACAUGAAGACCCACCUGGACCGUCCGCUGGUGGUCAACCCGCAGGACAACCGCAACAACAACACCAACAAAACACAACCGGGCGAACUACCUCUGGACCAGGAGUACCAACGCCAGGACAUGGAUCAAUUCCACCGAGUCACCCAUAAUAACCGGCACCACCACCACCACCAUCCGAAAGUCAACGGGUCUGAGAACGUGGAGACGACCCAGCCGGCGAAGACCCGGAUGGAGCAUGGAUUCAGCUGCACGUCUCUAGGAAACGUUGAGGUUCAACCUGGGGAGGAAAGGCACGGACACAGGAGCCAUCGAGGACAUAGGCACCGAAACAGAGAGGCCCAAAGUGUGUCCCCCCACCACAGCGAGGGGGUCGAGGGGAACCACGAACACAGGAGGUCCCGGCACCGCAAGGGGGAAGAGGGCCGGAGACACAGAUCUAAAGGGACGGAGGGAGAGGGGGAGAAAGGCGAGGAAGGGGAGGGAAGGAAAACGAGAAGGCAUCGCCAUAGCAACCAUCACAACAGAAAGGAGCACCACGGUCUCUCCACCACUCGACCCAUUCAGCAGUACAACGAGGACCUGGACAACUUCCGCAACAACAGCAAGUUGGCCAGUGCCCAGGAGCAUCCGUACGACCUUCCACCGGAUCACCCUGACCACGUCAACAACCUGCUGAACUGCCGUGACGCCGACACCCACACGCUGCUGCACAGCAUGGACAGCCUGAUCCUCACCAGCAUGGCCAAGCCAGAGUACACCAAGAUAGACAUGCCUCCUGUGUACCCUUACCCCUCCACCAACGCCAUCCUGCAAGGUGAGCAUCUGGCUGUGAACCAGG